AUGUCACCACAAACAGAGACUAAAGCAAGUGUUGGAUUCAAAGCUGGUGUUAAAGAGUAUAAAUUGAAUUAUUAUACUCCUGAAUAUGAAACCAAGGAUACUGAUAUCUUGGCAGCAUUCCGAGUAACUCCUCAACCCGGAGUUCCACCUGAAGAAGCAGGGGCUGCGGUAGCUGCUGAAUCUUCUACUGGUACAUGGACAACUGUGUGGACCGAUGGGCUUACCAGCCUUGACCGUUACAAAGGCCGAUGCUACCACAUCGAGCCCGUUCCAGGAGAAGAAACUCAAUUUAUUGCGUAUGUAGCUUACCCCUUAGACCUUUUUGAAGAAGGGUCUGUUACUAACAUGUUUACCUCAAUUGUGGGUAACGUAUUUGGGUUCAAAGCCCUGGCUGCUCUACGUCUAGAGGAUCUGCGAAUCCCUCCGGCUUAUACUAAAACUUUCCAGGGACCACCUCAUGGUAUCCAAGUUGAAAGAGAUAAAUUGAACAAGUAUGGACGUCCCCUAUUAGGAUGUACUAUUAAACCUAAGUUGGGGUUAUCCGCGAAGAACUAUGGUAGAGCAGUUUAUGAAUGUCUACGUGGUGGACUUGAUUUUACCAAAGAUGAUGAGAAUGUGAACUCUCAACCAUUUAUGCGUUGGAGAGACCGUUUCUUAUUUUGUGCCGAAGCUAUUUAUAAAUCACAGGCUGAAACAGGUGAAAUCAAAGGACAUUAUUUGAAUGCUACUGCGGGUACAUGCGAAGAAAUGAUGAAAAGAGCUAUAUUUGCCAGAGAAUUGGGAGUUCCUAUCGUAAUGCAUGACUACUUAACAGGGGGAUUCACCGCAAAUACUAGUUUGGCUCAUUAUUGCCGAGAUAAUGGCCUACUUCUUCACAUCCACCGUGCAAUGCACGCUGUUAUUGAUAGACAGAAGAAUCAUGGUAUGCACUUCCGUGUACUAGCUAAAGCUUUACGUCUAUCGGGUGGAGAUCAUGUUCACGCGGGUACAGUAGUAGGUAAACUUGAAGGAGACAGGGAGUCAACUUUGGGCUUUGUUGAUUUACUGCGCGAUGAUUAUGUUGAAAAAGACCGAAGCCGUGGUAUCUUUUUCACUCAAGAUUGGGUCUCACUACCAGGUGUUCUACCUGUGGCUUCAGGGGGUAUUCACGUUUGGCAUAUGCCUGCUUUGACUGAGAUCUUUGGAGAUGAUUCCGUACUACAAUUUGGUGGCGGAACUUUAGGCCACCCUUGGGGAAAUGCACCGGGUGCCGUAGCUAACCGAGUAGCUCUAGAAGCAUGUGUACAAGCUCGUAAUGAGGGACGUGAUCUUGCAGUCGAGGGUAAUGAAAUUAUCCGUGAGGCUUGCAAAUGGAGUCCUGAACUAGCUGCUGCUUGUGAAGUAUGGAAGGAGAUCACAUUUAACUUCCCAACCAUCGAUAAAUUAGAUGGCCAAGACUAG